GCCGGACUUUCUACGACGUGCGCAUGAACUGCGACUGAAUUGUGCGAUUCAGGCUGCUUUUAUCACUGACAGUGUCCGAAAUUCCCACUUCACGAAUCCACGGAAUUACGGACAAGUUUUCGAAGAAGUGCUAUCAGAUAUAUUUCUGGGAAUGAAUGAACAUAGUAUGUAGGAGCGCCAGAAGCAGUGGAGGCCAGUUCGCGGUACAUGUUGGCGAAAGCACAAGACCAGCCAUGAAAUCGGAUAUAAAAAGCGCUGAAAUCCGUUGCAGCUCAAACAGUGUGCUUUAACGGAAGCUUAUCGGUAUAUUACCUUAUUCCAAGUACAAUGUUUCGUGUUUUCUUGCUGUGUAUGACCGGCAGCCUCUGGCUUUCAACCGUCAAUGCCGACGACAUCAAGUACACCAUCCCGGCAAAUCAAUCUCCCGGUUUCACACCAUACGUCCGCAUCGAACAACCUUGGCCGAAUGGCGGCAGCAACCACAAACCAAGUGGUUGGCUUUACAGAACCUCCAAGGGCUCGCCGUCCAUCUAUGAUGACACUUUGCUGCCGGGGCAGAAGCGGUGCCCCGUGGACGGCGAUCCUCACUGUCAUGACUGCGUGGCCGGAUACAAGACCAGCGACUUCGUGCAGUCGCAGUGCUGCUUCGCCCACCACUGGGCCUGGAUGAAUAAACGCACAAUCCGCGACGUCCUGCCGUACCGCUUCCAUCUGUCACCUGUGAACCAAACGGAACCCUACGCGGAUCGUUACGCAACGGCUGGCGAGAUAUGGCAAGAGGAUCCGUGCACUAAGGAGCCAAAGGCGACUAUUCCUGAUGGACCCUACAUCCCGUGCCGCCAGCGCAACGCCUGUCCGGAUGUUAGAAAAGACGGAACCAUCUGGUAACGGGGGUAUCGUUGGCACCCGAUAACCGAUUACCAGAUAGGAGGACUUGGCAACAACAAGGUUACGACGGUGGCUCUAGUAGUUUUCGAACGCACCCCUAAUUAUCACGCUUUUUUUUUUCUUUCAAGUCUGAGCUAAUCUUUCACGCAUUGUAUGUGUUUUGCAAAUGUUG